AUGGGGACCAGGGCUGUUUUUAUUGGCUUGAGAUUGACGCUGGGUUUGUUUGAACUAACGUCACUAGUUGGUUUGCCCGGCCUUGUACAUGGCUUGAAAAUACAGUUUGAAUCUGCAGAACCUUUAAAGACUUCUGGUGUCACUACUGAGACUUCAUCUGUGAAAUGUACUCUGCAGGGUAACUCUGGCUUACCAGCAUUCUCAACAUAUGGGGACUUUGUUAUUGGAGGUGUUUCCUCCAUCCAUUACCAACGUUAUGCAGUGAUUUAUAACUACACCACCGAGCCUGAGUCGACUAGAUGCAAAGGAAGCUUUAAUGCCCGGGGUCUGCGUUUUACUCGCACAAUAAUCUUUGCCAUUGAGGAGAUAAACAACAGCACAGAGCUGCUGCCCGGCAUCACACUUGGAUAUCGGAUAUUUGAUUCAUGCGUUUCAGUGCCUGUUUCAGCACAUGUUGCAUUUCAACUAUCAAAUGGAGAGGACCCUUUGUUCUACAAAGGCAUGAAUUGUUCACAGUCUGGUGUAGUAAUGGCUGCUGUUGAAGACUCAGGAUCCUCUACCUCCAUCAGCAUAUCACGUAUCUUAGGAUCCUUCAACAUUCCAUUGGUUAGCAGCUUUGCCACUUGUGCUUGUUUGUCAAAUAAGCAGCAGUUCCCAACUUUUUUCAGAACAAUUCCCAGUGACCAUUACCAAGCUGAUGCACUGGCCAAGCUGGUGAAACACUUUGGCUGGACUUGGAUAGGUGCUGUCCACUCAGACUCAGAUUAUGGAAAUAAUGGCAUAGCAUCUUUUCUUGAAGCAGCCCUGAGGGAAGGGGUCUGUGUGGAGUACACUGAAUCUUUCUUUAGAACUGAUCCAAGAAGAAAGAUCCAAAGAAUUGCUGAUGUUAUCCGUAGAUCAACAGCGAAGGUUGUUGUGGCAUUUACAGCUGUUGGUGAUAUGAGAGUCCUUUUAGAAGAGCUGGCUUUGGACCCUCCUCCACCUCGUCAGUGGAUAGCAAGUGAGGCCUGGGCAACUGAUUCAGAGCUGAUGAGGUUCAGUUUCUGUGCAGGCGCAAUCGGAGUAGCCAUUCAGCAAUCCUUCAUUCCAGGGUUGAGAGAUUUCCUUCUGGAUCUCUCUCCCUCUAAAGUGGCUGCUUCUUCAGUGCUAACUGAGUUCUGGGAGGAUGCAUUCAAUUGCAGCCUCACAGCAGCUAAUAAUCUAAACAAGAGAGACUGUGAUGGAACUGAAGAUAUUAAAAAGCUCAAAAGCCCAUACACUGAAACAUCUCAGUUAAGAGUAACAAACAUGAUGUACAAGGCUGUUUAUGCAAUAGCACAUGCCAUUCACAAUGCAGUGUGUCAGGAAAAAAACGCAACAAUUCAAUGCAACAAGCAUAUCAAACUGGAGCCCAAACAGGUUUUUAAAGAAUUAAAGGACGUAAACUUUUCCAUAAAUGGCUACAACGUGUCAUUUGAUGCUAAUGGGGAUCCUGUAGCUUUCUAUGAGCUGGUUAACUGGCAGAGAGGUGAUAGUGGAAUUAUUGAACUGGUAACAGUCGGGUACUAUGAUGCAUCACUUCCCACGGGCCAGGAGUUUCAUAUCAACAGAAACUUAACCUGGAUGGAUGGCGAAACCCAAGUACCAGUGUCAGUGUGCUCCGAGAGUUGUCCCCCUGGAACUCGUAAAGUGCUGCAAAAAGGAAAGCCCAGCUGCUGCUAUGAUUGCAUACCGUGUCCUGAAGGGGAGAUCAGUAAUAUGACGGAUUCUCCUGAUUGCUUCUCCUGUCCCAAAGAGUUCUGGUCAAAUCCAAAGAAAAAUGCUUGUUUCCCCAAACCUGUGGAGUUUCUCUCCUUUGAGGAAAUCCUAUCAAUCAUCCUGGCUGCAUUCUCCGUUAGUGGGGCCUUUCUGGCCAUCAUAAUAGCAGUGGUUUUCUUUAAUUACAGGACAACCCCAAUUGUCCGAGCCAACAAUCCUGAGCUGAGCUUCUUGCUGCUCUUCUCUCUGACUUUGUGUUUCUUAUGUUCAUUAACAUUCAUUGGAGCACCUUCUGACUGGUCCUGCAUGCUGCGACACACAGCAUUUGGCAUCACUUUUGUUCUCUGCAUUUCCUGUGUCCUGGGGAAAACUAUAGUGGUUUUAAUGGCCUUUAAAGCUACUCUUCCUGGUAACAAUGUCAUGAAAUGGUUUGGUCCACAACAGCAAAGAAUGACUGUACUGGCUCUAACGUUUUUUCAAGUUUUAAUAUGUACUGUAUGGUUAGUUCUGAGUCCUCCUUUCCCAAUGAAAAAUCUAACUACAUACCAGGAGAAGAUCAUCCUGGAAUGUGCAUUAGGCUCUGCUGUUGGCUUCUGGGCUGUGCUCGGCUACAUCGGCCUGCUGGCUGUACUUUGCUUUGUGUUAGCUGUUCUAGCUCGGAAACUGCCUGAUAAUUUCAAUGAAGCCAAGAUGAUAACUUUCAGCAUGUUGAUAUUUUGUGCAGUUUGGAUCACUUUCAUCCCAGCUUAUGUCAGCUCUCCUGGAAAAUUUACUGUGGCUGUGGAGAUAUUUGCCAUUCUGUCCUCCAGUUUUGGACUGAUUCUGUGUAUAUUUGCUCCAAAGUGUUUCAUCAUUUUGUGUCAACCAGAGAAAAACACCAAAAAGUAUGUGAUGAACAAAAACUAACACGAACUUCUGGAAUGUAAAAACUGACACAAUCUUAAUAAUAUGACAGCUUAUGGUAAAUAAUUAACAUUUAUGUUGUGUUUUAGGCUGCUUCAGAAAUAGACAUUCGAAACAUUUUCAGCAUUAAACAUU